ACAAAAAUAUACUCCCUCCGUCCGGAAAUAAUCAUCCCGUUUCUCCUUUUUCCCCUACCAGAAAUAAUCUUUUCAUUUCUAAUUUUACCCACAAUCCUUCCAAAAAUACCCUUAUCAUUUAAUUUUCAUUUACUCCCUCCAACCAUCCCAUUUCCCCACCCACCUGCACGCAUUACUCUCUCUCUCUAACUCCCCACCUCCCACCCAAUUACACUCAUUCACUCAUCUCUGAAUCUUAUCUUCUUCCUCUCAUCGAAAAUCAUUCCUCUCUCUCUAGAUCUACAUCUCUUUCAUCCGCAUGACCUCUUCAUCUACCUCAUCGGAGGAAUCGCAUGAAUUAUUUUACGAAUCUUAUAUUUCCGAAACGGAAUUUGAAGAUGGUGGAGGUGAAGAUUUUGAGGUGAUUGCCGAGGAUAUUAUCUCUGACGACAAGGAGGAGAACGAGGUCAUCGUCAUCGACAGCGACGAUGAUGGUGCCGAUGUUGCCCCGGUCAGAGAGAAGGAGGUAAUCGACCUUACCUCGGAUGAAGAUGAUGUUUUUGAUCAUGGUAGCGAUGAGGUUGAGUUCCUGGGAGACAGUGAUACUGAUGAUUCCGGUGAUACUUCUUCGGUGAUCUGCUCACACAUGCACCUCCACAUAGAUAUGCUUAACAUCUUACUACCUACUCCAGAUCCAAACUUUUGGGCUUCAACGUACAAGUAGGGGAGUGACUUUCACCUCCUUUCACUUUACAUAUUUCUUGGCUUGAGUAUCAAUUUAAUUCCUGCCAGUGUGAACUUUGUUGAUACAUUGCUGUGAUAAUUGAGAUUUCUAAUUUGCUCUGUAUGUUACUGUUAUGGGAAUGCUGCUUGUAUGAAUUGUGUUGGAUCAGAUUUUUAUGAAGACUACAAUUUAUUUUGCAUAGUCUGAGAAUAAUGAAGACACUGUGAUGAA